ACUGAGAAACAUUAGAGCGAUAGAGAUCAGUGUGACUAAACAGUUUCCUCUGACAAAUGAUGUUGCAGAAAAAACUACUGUCAAGAUAACAUUAAGCAGAACUUAAUUGCUUACCAGAGACAGAAAGAGGUAAGGACAGACGACAUGCUUUUUGUGCUAAAACUGGUCUAUUUUCUCCGAUUAAAAAAUAAUAUCAAACGCUAUAAACAACCAUAAUAUUAUUAGGUUUUUGAAAGUACAAAAAUUAAUUAUUUUGCGCAUAAAAUAAUUUUAAAAAAUAGAUUCCCGAACAAGUUUUGUUUAAAUUAUAAAUAUUUAAUUUUUUGUCAAGAAAUGUAUUUCAAGUGUUGAACAGAUGUUUUGAUUUUAUCCUUUUAGCACAGUUUUGAACAUGGUUCUGACUGAAUGACUGAUUUGUCUUUGUUUAAGGCCAUCAUAAUGGCUUUGCCCUCUCUGUGGAGUACUGCCCUCUGUAUCCUUGCCUUGGUCUUCUCUGCUUCUGCGCUGCCACCAGUUGAGCCCCCGUUAAUCCCUGACCACCCUUUUGUGGCUAUCUGGAACGCUCCCACCGACCGGUGUCAACAGCUCGAGAUUCCUCUCGACACUGCAGCCUUCCAGGCAGUGACUACACCCGCAAAUAGGCCAGGUCAGUUUCUGACCCUCUUUUAUGAAGACCGUCUUGGACUUUACCCUAAAGUUGACACCAUCAAGCGUAAGAUCUACAAAGGUGGCAUUCCCCAAAAUGGCAACCUGACGGAGCACCUUCUGAAGGCUGAGGGUCAAAUAAAUCGCUAUAUCUCCCAAGACUCCUCUCCUGGGUUGGCUGUAAUUGACUGGGAGUCCUGGCGUCCACUGUGGGACCAGAACUGGGGUUCAAAGCGUAUUUAUCAGAAGCUAUCUAUAGCUCAUGCUCUGCAAAUGGCCCCAUUUCUAUCAUUAAAACACAUUUCUAAACUCGCAAAGACGCAAUUCCAACAAUCUGGACGAAGCUUCAUGGAAAAGACUAUUAGCCUCGGCAUUGGUGAACGGCCAAGCCGGCGCUGGGGUUUCUACCUCUUUCCUGACUGCUUCAACUAUGGGUGGGACAAGACAAAUUAUACAGGCAAAUGCUCCGAGAAGAUCCAGAAGCAGAACAAUCAGUUGCUUUGGCUUUGGGAACGAAGCACAGCCCUCUUUCCUUCUAUUUACCUCCACAAAGGCCUGAGGAAUUCCCCUCGGGCAGCACUGUUUGCUCGGAAUCGCGUCCAGGAGGCGGUGAGGGUGGCAGCUCUCCCUAAACGACCGUACACGGUGCCGAUCUAUGUCUAUUCCAGGCCACUGUAUCGAGAUCAGACCCAGUUGUUCGAGAGUCAGAUGGAUCUCAUCAGCACUGUUGGAGAGUCUGCUGCUCUGGGGGCCUCGGGGGUUGUUAUGUGGGGGGGCAUUAAGGACUACAACAAAAAGGUUUCCUGCCAGUCUCUGUCUGAGUUCCUAAGAUCCACAUUUAACCCAUACAUUGCCAACGUGACUGCAGCCACCAUGCUUUGCAGCCAAGUCCUGUGCCAGGGGAAGGGUCGCUGCGUCCGGAAGAACUACAACUCCCCCAAUUACCUCCACUUAGACUCCCAUAAAUUCCGUAUUAUUCGGUCGGGAAAGAGGUAUGUGGCUGUCGGUCAGCCGUCUGCUAAUGAUCUCAACACCUGGGCUGAAAACUUCACCUGUCAGUGCUACGCUGGGUGGAGCUGCAAACCGAAGCUUCUGCCUCCAACUUCAAUUCAAGUCAUCAGGGUUUAAGUUUUGGGAGAAGAAAUGUCUUCAGUGUGAAAGCUUCUGUUGCUCUUAAGUUCUUUUCAUUUUCAUACCAAAAACAUGUUUUGAUCUAUUGACUCUUAAAGAUGUAGUAGGAAAUAAAAACAUUAAGUUCAUACAAUACGAAUAUAUAUAUCACCAUUUUUAUAUUUAUGUUAGAUUUCACAUCUGUCCCAGUGUUGCUUUCAUUUAAAAAAUAUGUUUCUGUUUGCUCUGUUAAAGCAGUUUAAUCAUUGAGUAAAAAUCUGAGUAUUUUGUUUUCCCCAAUAAACUACUUCACCCAUGAUUAUGUCUUCUUCCUUUAAUGUUAUUAUUAUUAUUAUUUGGCUUAACUGGUUUCAGUGAAUGAUGAAAUUAACAUUUUUAUGAAUUAAUUUUCUUUCAAUG